AUGAAUUCUAAAGAAAUCGCUGAUAAGAUGACUAGUCUUAAGUCUAGGAUUGCCCAACUUAAAGUCUUAGAGCAGGAAACCGCUAGGUUAAACCCUAGUCGUGAAGGAGUCUCCAGAGAAAUAGAUGCUGCUGAGAGAGCUUACGCUGAUCUCAGUGAUAGAGAAAGAGAUUCUUUAAGAUUCGAGUCGUCUAGAGGAAGUAGGCGUCAAACAAAAGCAGAAGCUGAAAGAGAGCAAGCUGAAAUUCAUAGAAGGAAUCUUAGAGAACAAGCUGCUAAGAAGAAAUCUGAUAGAGAACGGUAUGAAGAAUACCUUAGCAAUCUUAGAGAAAGAACUGAAAAAAUGAAAACGAAGUUUGACCGCUUCGAAGAAGAUUUUCAGGCGUCUUAUAGAACUCCUCCAACAUUCAGACAACCUACUGGUAAGUCCCUUAGGACAGGUGCUGGUUUUGCAGUCUACGAUAGUGCCCCUGAAACCCAGGCGUCUAGAGAAUCAGGUGUUGUCAUAUACGACCCUGAAGCUGUCUAUGUUAGGAGUCGAAAAGAAAAAGAGUCUAAAGAUAAGCAAAGAUUCGAAGAAGCCUCUAAAGGCUACGAAGAGCAGGCUAAACUAGAUAAAGCUAGGUUUGAGAAACUCAAACAACCAAUCCCUUUAGAUCCAGAGAUCUUUGAUCUAACAAAAGAUUCUGCCUAUAGAAGUUUCGAGAAACGAAGGUUUCAAGACUAUAGGGAAAAGAUGAGUCUGACUCCGAAGAAGAAAGGAGAUUCGGAGAUAGGAUUAGAGAAUCCUCUGAGUCUGAAGAAUCUGAAGCUAGCAUUCAUAGUAGUAUGCCCAGUUUAG